ACAAUUAGCGAAUAGUGUUUAAAAAUGGAUACGGUAUACUUAAAAGUGACCGAGAUCUUGGGCGAUCGUGUACACGUAAACCUCGAAACUCUGUUGGUGUUGAACGUCUUCAAAAUAUGCGGUACGGGAAACGUGAAGUUAAGAUUAGUUGUGGUGCCGGCGGAUUCCCAACCACAAUUUCGCGUUCAUCUGAAUGAUUACGAGCAAAUUAAACUCGAGGAGAUUCCCAAAAUUGCCAAGUACUGCUCGUGGCCUGUCAUCGUGAUUGGGAGGACGGUCGUUGCUGGGUUGUGCUCAGUCUGUAGACAAAUAAUCAAAAGCAGUAGAAAUGAAGAGGUGCAGAACCUGUUGGGGUUCAGAGAGGCAUGUCUCAUGGCCUGCAGUGAGAGCUCAAUUUGGACCAAGUUAUGUGAGGUUGAUAUGAUAGCAACUGUUAAGAAACUAUUUUCUGCAGAUUGUGAGGAGUAUCCUUCAAUUACACUGCCAGUGGAUUUGACUAGGUUCGAAUACCAUAUGGAGAAACCGGUUCGGAUUCACAACGUGUACAAAUUAGCUAGGGAGAAGAACAAUGACAAAGAUAUUAAAUGCUCGGUGCCAGUCGAAAACUUGAACUUGGCGCACUGCUUCAGCGAAGGACCGUUCAUCACACUCUCCGAUGUUAUAUUAUUUCCGUGUAUUAAGAUUCUCGGUAGCUAUUUUAAAGAACAAAUCCUCAUCAAUCAUCUUCCACUGACGUACGCUUGGAUGGAGAACAUGGGACGACUCGGUUACGAUUUUAUUGAUUUUGAGAGCCUAGGAUUACCGGAUCUGAUUUUCAAAGGUAGAGAGAUCAAGCAGGAGGACGUUCCGCGUCACAGCCUGUACUCUUCAGAUCCUAAAAGGUAUAAUCCGUUGAGUAGGAUUUACACCAAGCAAAGUGACAUUGAAAAUUCUUUGAAUAUCAUCGAUAAAUCUUCCAUAGACGUCACUAAUGAUAUAACGCCCUUCGGUCACGAAAUUCCCUUCGAUUGGUCGCAGAUUCCCGUUGAACUCAACCCUGAGGGUGGGGCUUUACCGGAGAAACGAGCGAAGAGGAAGUGCGAGCAACUGGAGAACUUGGUCAAGUCUGUGUUCAAGAUUUCUGAAGGGAAAUCCUACAAGAUCGUUGAUUUUUGCAGCGGAAGCGGACAUCUCGGGCUACUUCUGGCUUUCUUGCUGCCGCAGUGCGAGGUAAUUUUGGUUGAGAACAAGGAGCGAUCUCUUCUGAGAGCCAAGGAACGAGUUGUUACUUUAAAUUUAACAAAUGUUGUUCUGCUGCAAUGCAAUUUGGAUUACUUCAGUGCAAAAUUUGAUGUGGGCGUAUCGUUGCACGCUUGCGGAGUAGCCACGGAUUUGGUCAUCCAGAACUGCAUUGAAAAUCGUGCACACUUCGUCUCAUGUCCUUGCUGUUACGGAGGAGUCCACGACUGCUACCAUCUGAAGUAUCCGAGAAGUAAAAACUUCAUCGACGAAAUCGAGUAUGGAGAUUAUCUGAAUUUGGUCCACGCUGCAGACCAAACGCACAAGGAUAACGCAAAGACUAAGCAGGGAUAUCUUUGCAUGGACGUGGUGGACACGGAUCGGAAAUUAUACGCUGAGAGCUGCGGAUAUGAGGUGUUUCUAGGGAAGCUAUCACCUCCUACCUGCACCCCAAAGAAUAAUUUAAUUGUAGGCAUUUGUAAAUAAACGAACGAACUUA